ACGGCAUCAACUUCAAGAAGAUCUGUCCUGCCAGCGAUGUCGAACAGGUGGCACUAAGCGACUUAAUGUGAGGGACGAUAUCACGUGAUUUAACAAGGGGUAGUUUGGUACUUUGAGGCUACCAUUCAAUGCUGAUUUCUAUAUCCUUAACAGAACAUUGAGAGGUGUAGUUCUAAAAAAAGAAACCGUCAGGUGCUUUUCAACGAUGAUUUAUGACUCAAUUCAACAUAAGUAGACCGCUCUUAUAUCUGGUGUAGUUGCCUUGCCUUGUUGAUAGCUAAGCUUUGGGUUGACAGCUGAUGUACUUCCAAAGCCGCGUAGUUGGCUACCGACGGUGAAGGUCUUACACCGGUCGUAAAGCUGUUCUGCCCCGCCGAAUAUGGUCCGUGCACCCAUCUUCGACCACCAGGUCCCGCGAUUCUUUCUCAGCCUUGCGAUCUCAAGUGUGAUAGUUGAUAAAUCUUGACUUGAAUAAUACCACCAGUCAGUCUUGCCGCCUUCCCACAGCAGCAAAAAUGACGUCCUCGAACGAACCAUUCUACUUGCGAUACUAGUCAGUCUAUCAUCACGGCGUCUUCUAGCUUCCCCGUCUAAUUGAUGGUCGCGAAACGAUGCUAAUGACGUUCCUCCAAACAGCUCUGGCCAUAUGGGUCGUUUCGGUCACGAAUUCCUUGGUACGAAUACUUGUGCGGUGUCUCUAUACUGUUCUAAGUUAUUCUAACGUGUCGCGCGCUCAGAAUUCGAUUUUCGAGUCGUCGGCGAUGGUCGCAGCGCGGUGGCCCGAUAUGCCAACAACUCCAACUACCGAAACGAUAGUUUGAUCCGAAAAGAGAUGUGUGUCAGCUCGGUAGUUGUCGACGAAAUCAAGCGCAUCAUCAAGACGAGCGAGAUCACCAAAGAAGAUGAUUCGAAAUGGCCUCAGAAGAAUAAAGAUGGACGCCAGGAAUUGGAGAUUCGGAUUGGUAAUGAUCAUAUCGCGUUCGAGACCGCCAAGAUUGGAUCCCUGGUGGACGUCACAGAGUCUGCUGACCCAGAAGGUCUGCGAGUGUUCUACUACCUUGUUCAGGAUCUCAAGGCUCUAGUUUUCAGCUUGAUCGCUCUGCACUUCAAGAUCAAGCCAAUUUAAAGGACGGGCCCGACUAAAAAUAAUGGGAUACGGUGUUAUGGGAUCGAAAAGUCGAGGAUGCAAAUCUCGAUGAUAGAGGCGAUGUUUCGGCUAUAGCUAAGAACGAUACCCGUACUGUGAAAGAAAGGCGCGAAAGACUACCAGAAACAAGCCAUGUUUAUAUAUCACGAAUGAAAGAACAAUAUCACCAAAGAAGCGAUCUCAUAGAAAAGCAUUUUGAGCACUGUUGUCGGGUAGGUGGAAUAUCACUAGAUACUCAUCGAACCCUUCGAUCAGAGAGCUAGGGAAACCUUGGGAGUCACAGAUGCGGGAAAUCUUGGGAUAAUGCCCUGGGGGAUGUGGUACGACGGGGAAUGGAGUCAUUUGUUAAUUACCAAUCGCCCCUGAUAACACGAGUCGGAUCAUGCUAUAUGCUCUAUAUUUCAGCCUGCAAUAUGCAAUCCUGAACAAGACCUGAGUAACACACGCUUGGACCAGACUCCCUGGGCAGGCUCACAUGUGAGGUUGAGUGAGCGGUCUGGAACAGCUCUCUGCACUUGCAAAGCAAUCAAUAAUAAGAUACCACUUCCAGAAGAAACAGCAAACAGAAGUGAUUUAGAAGAGAUGAUGCAGGUGGCGGAGGCUCCAAUACUGUAAAAGCUAAUGAAUAGGCGACGGGUAGACCCGUGAAGGAAACGAUAAUGCGAGAUUGAGGUGGAAAUUACCAACGUUGUAUGAUGAUUUCAGAUCAUGCCAGCAAAACAAAACGGUCUCGGUGUUGGCGUGUGCAUCAUGUCUCCUUAAAGGCCCAUCACCCCAUACGAAAUGCAAGCGGCAACGUGGUGGGGGGUGCUGGGGCUGCCCGAUGGCGCCUGGGCGCUUCUGGAGGCACGGCACGGAAGCAGCCCAAUUCUUUUCCAUUUGCAUGAGGAAGCAUCUGAUUCCAAAUCUGAGAGAGGCGUCAACUCGAGUUUUGGGGGAGGGCACCGUUGGGAAGUGAUUAAUGUUAGGGUCCUCAUCGCCACUUCUAAAAACUCAAUUGUGAGAUUUCCUUUGUUGUAACAGUGGAUGAAAGGUCUUGUUAAGGUUCAUAAUGGCCCGCUAAGACGGAACUGGGACUGGACCUAGACCUAGACCCUGGUCAAGCCUCAGCAUCUCAGCCGAAGAUGAAAAGGAAUCAUAGUGGAGAGGACACCUCGAUCUGCAUCUUCUCAAGUUACAUGUCACCCGGGGAAGUAGGCAAAGCUUUCCACAAAGAUUUCAAAUGGAGAGUUUCGGGCAAAGUCGAGUGACAGUGGAAAUACGGAUAAUUAACUUACUUGAUCUUCUCAAGCUUUUUCGCCGUUCGCACGCUUAUCUGUCUUUCUGUAGGGAAGAAGCUGUUUUGGUACCUGAGUAAAGUUUAUAGGUAUAAGAGUUGGUAAGGCCUGUUUGUCGGAUCUUUCCACAGAGAUUCUUCUCUUCAUUGUUCCAAUCUAAUGAGGCCGUCAUGUUGUUUAAGGAGUUGCAUACCCCAAGUUACACGGCAUCUGCCUGCAAACCAAGACACCUCAUCAUGUACAGUACUGUAAAAUCAUGAGCUAGGGAGACUUGGAAAACUCCCCGUCUUGCCGAGUGGAGUGGAUGGAGGUCGAGG